GGUUUGCUUCUUUUCUGCGUGCUUCUCCUCGCACCACGGCGCUGUAUAUAAUCCGCGCGGCCUCUCUCUUCGCCCGCCAGCUCGCACGCCGCAACGCUGUGCAAACACCCCUCGACCGGCCCCACGUCGCCGCUCGCUGCAAAGCUCUGAAUCGCUUCCUUCGCUCUCCCGCACUCCAGACUCCUUCCCCGACCACACUUCGUCAACAUGGCGAACGCGCUCGACCACCUGAACGCCGGCAGGACGCGCAUUGAGUGGCUGUCGCAGCUCAACACCGAAUACCACCCCGCCAAGGAGUACCGCCGCACUUCCAUCAUUGGCACAAUUGGCCCCAAGACCAACUCCGCUGAGAAGAUCAAUGCCCUCCGCAAAGUUGGCCUCAAUGUUGUGCGCAUGAACUUCUCCCACGGCACAUAUGACUACCACCAAUCUGUCAUCGACAAUGCGCGGGAGGCCGAGAAGUCCAUGCCCGGCAGGCCGCUUGCCAUUGCCCUCGAUACCAAAGGACCGGAAAUUAGGACGGGUAACACCGUUGGUGACGCGGAUCUACCAAUCAGCGCGGGCGAUAUCUUGAACAUCACCACCGAUGAGGCAUAUGCCACCAAGAGCGACAACAAGAACAUGUACGUCGACUACAAGAACAUCACCAAAGUCAUCGAGGCUGGCCGAACCAUCUACGUCGACGACGGUGUCCUUUCCUUCGAAGUCAUCGAGGUGACCGACGAGAAGACUCUGAAGUGCAGGUGCGUGAACAACGGCAAGAUCUCGUCCAAGAAGGGAGUCAACCUGCCCAAGACGGAUGUGGAUCUACCGCCUCUGUCCGAGAAGGACAAGGCCGAUCUGCGGUUCGGUGUCAAGAACAAGGUCGACAUGGUCUUCGCUUCCUUCAUCCGCAAGGGCUCCGACAUCACUGCUAUUCGCGAGGUGCUGGGCGAAGAGGGCAAGGAUAUCCAGAUCAUCGCCAAGAUCGAGAACCAGCAGGGUGUGAACAACUUCGACGAGAUCCUCAAGGAGACAGACGGCGUCAUGGUUGCCCGUGGCGAUCUCGGUAUCGAGAUCCCUCCCAGCCAGGUCUUCAUCGCGCAGAAGAUGAUGAUCACCAAGUGCAACAUCGCUGGCAAGCCCGCUAUUUGCGCCACACAGAUGCUGGAGAGCAUGACAUACAACCCCCGUCCCACUCGUGCCGAAGUCAGCGACGUAGGAAACGCCGUCUUGGACGGUGCAGACUGCGUCAUGUUGUCGGGCGAGACCGCCAAGGGCAACUACCCCGUCGAAGCUGUCACCAUGAUGCACGAGACCUGUCUGCUUGCCGAAGUGGCUAUUCCAUACGUCAACGCCUUCGAUGAGUUGAGGAAGUUGGCCCCUGUGCCUGUUCCUACCACAGAGACCUGUGCUAUGGCGGCUGUCAGUGCCAGUCUGGAACAGAACGCCGGUGCCAUCUUGGUCUUGACAACUAGCGGCAACACCGCCCGUCUGGUCUCCAAGUAUCGUCCCGUGUGCCCCAUCAUCAUGGUAACCCGUAACGCCGCUGCUUCUAGGUACUCCCAUCUCUACCGUGGCGUCUACCCCUUCUACUUCCCUGAAGAAAAGCCCGACUUCAAGACCGUGCCGUGGCAAGAGGACGUCGACCGCCGCCUCAAGUACGGCAUCAUGAACGCCAUCAAACUCGGCGUGCUGAACAAGGGCGACCCCGUUAUCUGUGUGCAGGGCUGGCGAGGAGGCAUGGGCCACACCAACACCCUCCGCAUCGUCCCCGCCCAGGACGACCUCGGUUUGGACUUGGAAUCUUAGAUGGGCUUGCAUUCAGGCGUACAAUCUGCGGUAAGCGAAUGAGGGUAUGGCUUGGCGCGUAAUACUUCUUCGUUCAUAGGGUAGGUAGGAAGGGCAGGGUUCUAACACGGCCGUUAAGGGUUUGCGGAUACUUGAGCAAAUGGGAUGGUAUGCAAUAGAAUGCAAUGGAAGUCUCUAUACAUUCUGCCAGGGGUUUACAGUGCCUGGAUGGAGAAAGUGGAGGUCCCUUGGUAAUAAAAACCGGGGGCAGCAGAUACAUUUCCCAAUUCACAUACACCCUGUUGACAUUGUCUGGGGGUAGCCUCACAGGUCUACUAGCUGUCCAAAAUGCCGAACUUCUCUCCGGUUUGGAACGCUGAAAAACACUAUGAAGCUCCCUCACGCAGCGGCAAACGAGUGUAUGCACAUUCCCAA